UUUCUUUUCCGUUUUACACGUCUGAAGAGAACAGACAUGUCUCAUCGUAAGUUCUCGGCACCCCGCCAUGGCUCCAUGGCCUUCUACCCCAAGAAGCGCUCAGCUCGCCAUCGCGGUAAGGUUAAGGCCUUCCCCAAGGAUGACGCCAGCAAGCCAGUCCAUCUGACCUGCUUCAUCGGCUACAAGGCCGGCAUGACCCACAUUGUGCGCGAGGCCGAUCGUCCUGGCUCCAAGAUCAACAAGAAGGAGGUGGUCGAGGCCGUCACCGUUCUGGAGACCCCGCCCAUGAUUGUGGUCGGUGCUGUCGGCUACAUCGAGACUCCCUUCGGUCUGCGUGCCCUGGUCAACGUUUGGGCCCAGCAUCUCUCCGAGGAGUGCCGUCGUCGCUUCUACAAGAACUGUUCUUCGAUCAGCUUGCUGAGAGAGCUUUUCAAAUCGCUAAACGUUGUGUGAGCUGUCAGGUUAAUCUUGAUCAUGGGGCGCACAAGCAAGCCCCUGGUUAAUUGAAAUUGCCUGACGAGUGAGCAUGACAAGGAAGACUGCAUCUCCGCUCGCCAUUCGUUUGCGAUGAGGCGCACUUCCUGUUCUAUCUCGCCCCACAUAAACAGCGCGGCUAAGAAGUUGGAGUUGUUGCGACACCCCAAUGGAUUGCUACAUUACGCUCGUUUCUGACCACUGCGUCUCCAACUUGACCAUCGUCCAUAUCAGGUACAAGAGCAAGAAGAAGGCAUUCACCAAGGCCAGCAAGAAGUGGACCGAUGAUCUCGGCAAGAAGAGCAUCGAGAAUGACUUCCGCAAGAUGCUGCGCUACUGCAAGGUGAUCCGUGUGAUUGCCCACUCGCAGAUCCGCUUGAUCAAGCAGCGCCAAAAGAAGGCCCAUGUCAUGGAGAUCCAGCUGAACGGCGGCUCCAUCGAGGACAAGGUCAAGUGGGCUCGCGAGCAUUUGGAGAAGCCCAUCCAGGUCAGCAACGUCUUCGGCCAGGACGAGAUGAUCGACUGCGUUGGUGUGACCAAGGGUAAGGGUUUCAAGGGUGUCACCUCGCGUUGGCACACCAAGAAGCUGCCCCGCAAGACGCACAAGGGUCUGCGCAAGGUGGCCUGUAUUGGUGCCUGGCAUCCGUCGCGUGUGUCCACCACCGUGGCCCGUGCCGGUCAGAAGGGUUACCACCACCGUACCGAGAUCAACAAGAAGAUCUACCGCAUCGGCGCUGGCAUCCACACCAAGGACGGCAAGGUCAUCAAGAACAACGCCUCCACCGAGUACGAUCUGACCGACAAGAGCAUCACGCCCAUGGGUGGCUUCCCCCACUACGGUGAGGUCAACAACGACUUCGUCAUGAUCAAGGGCUGCUGCAUCGGCUCCAAGAAGCGCAUCAUCACCCUGCGCAAGUCCCUGCUGAAGCACACCAAGCGCUCUGCCCUGGAGCAGAUCAAGCUCAAGUUCAUCGACACCUCGUCCAAGAUGGGUCACGGUCGCUUCCAGACCCCUGCCGACAAGCUGGCCUUCAUGGGACCGCUCAAGAAGGAUCGUCUCAAGGAGGAGGCUGCCGCUACCACCGCUGCUGCUGCCGCCGCCACCACCACCAGUGCUUAAACAAAAUGUCGUGUCCGCGUUCAAUUGUCUGCUCGCUUCUACCACCAACUGCUGCGGUAGGGCAGCGAUCAAUAAACAGAUUUUGGCUAAGCUG